AUGACACCAAAUAUUCAUACAGUUAUAUUAGAUAUUGAAGGUACAACAACACCAAUUUCAUUUGUACAUGAUGUAUUAUUUCCAUAUAUUAGAGAUAAUUUAGUUAGACAUAUCAAUCAGAAAUGGGGUAGUGAAGAAUUAAAACAAGAUAUUAAAGAAUUAUAUAAAUUAUAUUUAGAGGAUAACAAAGCAUCGGAAUUAGUUGUAAACAAUCAAUUCAAUACACCAGAGAUUUUAAAUCCAGAUGAUGAAUCAACAGAUAAAGAAAAGUUAAUUGAAUCUGUCAUUAGAAAUGUUAUCUAUCAAAUGGAUAAUGACAGAAAAUCGACACCAUUAAAGCAAUUACAAGGUCAUAUGUGGUUGGAGGGUUACGAAAAUGAGUUGGUCAAGGGUGUGGUUUUCCCUGAGGUUCCAAAAGCUUUUGAAAAUUGGAAUUUGAAUCAUAUCGAUAUUUACAUCUAUAGCAGUGGUAGUAUCGCUGCCCAAAAGUUGUUAUUCAAUUAUUCAAAUUUCGGCUCACUUUUACCUUAUAUUAAAGGUCAUUUCGAUACAACAAUCGGUGGUAAAUUACAUCCUUCAUCUUAUGAAAAGAUUUUAUCUACAAUUAAUAAUGGUUCUCCAAAUAGUUAUCUCUUUGUAACUGAUUCAAUCUUGGAAGCUAAAGCUGCUAGAGAAUCUGGUCUCAAUGUUUGUUUAUCAAUUAGAGAUGGUAAUCCUCCAAUCGUUGAUAGAGAAUUAUUAAAUACUUUUGAUCAAGUUUCUUCUUUUGAUCAAUUAUUUAAUAAAUUUAAUUUUAAAAAUUAA